CCAUCAUCGCUUCAACCACAACCAGUUCAGGAGUGACCCCAGCGUCCGUAGCCCGUUCAUUGACAACCGCCUGGAUAUUCUGAACAAGGGGAAGGACCCAGAUGACCUCUUUGAGGAGGAGAUCCUAAAGUGUGAUACAACUACAGGAAAAAGCAAAUUAGUUGGCAAUUUAAAGAAAGGGGGAGGAGCGCUCAUCCUCAACAUGAGGUCCAAAGCAAACAUGAGGGCCAAAGGUCUUGCUAAGUCUGGUUUGAAAAACCUGCUGAUGCACAAGGCCCACAGCGAAGAACACACCCUUCAAAGAGGAGGAUCAGUGUCACACCGUCGUGCCCAGUCUGACUGCCUGCAGAACCGCCUGCCAAUCACACAACACUUUGGGAUGUCACGUCCCCGUCGGCCUGCUCAUAAAAUUAGGACUCCUGGAGACGAGGACAUGAUAGACACUGGAGACACAUGGGAUGGAGCUAUGUCUGGGCCUGUGACUGAGCCUGACACUGAGUACGAGAAGGAUGAAGAGGGUGAAGAGUGACUGCUGUGUGACCCUGAAGAGAUGGAUCUGCUUGGGGAGAUCUUUGACAGCUAGUCGCUAGCUAGUCGGUGUGUGUCGCCCAUGCUAUUGAAAAUUUCAGUCUUAAAAUUAGUUUCAAUUAUAGAAUUUCAUUUUUUA